GGCGGGCGGGCGCGGUAAAGGCGGCGCCGCGCGGGGGCCGCGCUCAGUCUGGCCGCCUGCGGGCUGCGCGGCGCCGCGGCCGCCCCGGAGCGCCCUGCCCAUGGGGCAGCCGAGCCGAGCCCUCGGGACUGCCCCCCGCCGCCGGGACCUGCGCUAGGGCGAUCCCGGAGACGGCAGGAUCAUUCUGAGAUGAGCCGCCUGUAACUGGGGCCGGCCUCGUUGCCAGGGCUCCCUGCCCCACGACGAUGAGGAGCCAUCUGCCGGCCUAAGAGAAAGAUCUUGCGGCGGUGGUUGUUUUAUUUUUCCCAAACGUCGCGAAAUUCCAUGUGACAGCGGAGCCGCUACCUGCACCCUCCUUGUGCCACCUCGCAGCCAAGGGCUCGGUGGGGCAGGGCCAGCAGCAUGGCGGCGAAGCAGCCCCCGCCGCUGAUGAAGAAGCACAGCCAGACCGACCUGGUGAGCAGGCUGAAGACACGCAAGAUCCUCGGCGUUGGCGGGGAGGAUGACGACGGCGAGGUCCAUCGCUCUAAGAUUAGUCAAGUACUGGGAAAUGAAAUCAAGUUUGCAGUCCGGGAACCACUGGGACUCAGGGUCUGGCAGCUUGUUUCCGCCAUCAUGUUUUCCGGGGUCGCUGUCAUGGCCCUCGCUUUCCCUGACCAGCUCUUCGAUGCCGUCUUUGAGGAGGAUUCGGUGAGCAGCAAGACUCCCAUCCGGCUCUAUGGAGGAGCCCUCCUCAGCAUCGCGCUCAUCAUGUGGAACGCCCUGUACACCGCCGAGAAGGCCAUCAUCCGCUGGAGCCUGCUGGCCGAGGCCUGCUACUUCGCCGUGCAGUUCCUGGUUACCACUGUCUCCCUGGCUGAGAGUAGCCGGAUAGCCACAGGUGCCGUGCUCCUCCUGGUCAGCCGAGCCCUCUUCAUCCUCAUCAGCAUUUAUUAUUAUUACCAAGUUGGACGUCGUCCCAAGAAAGUCUAAUUGCUGGGCUUUUUUGUUAUGGGAAAGGUGGGAGGGGGGAGUUUGUGUCGGUAAUUUUGCAUUAUAAUUAUAAUUUUUAAAUUUUU